GUCUUACAUAAUCGGAGUUAGUAUCUGUAGGGUUUCCGUGUCGGCUACCAGGAUGCCGAAGUGUAGCGAUCCGGGGAACGCUCGAAGUUUCUAGUUGCCGCAUAAACCACACGCAACAGCGAAGGAUAUGCAAAGUUGAUGAAGUUACCCGGACCCCAGAGCUCUGUCCGAGUUCUCCGGGCAAGAAUAUUUCUCUGGAAGACCACCCGCGAACUUUGACCUCUUUUUUCUUUGUUUCCAAUCGUCCUCUCGUCGAUUUUUAAUACAAGUUUUCUUGUUGAUAUUACAAUCAACUGAAGAAGUCAUGAACCGUUUCAUUGCCAGAUCAGCAACCGCUCGCCCUUCUCUCUCGCGCUCAGCGCAGCAGAUUCUGCAGUCGCGACAGUUCUCUCACAAGGAGCUCAAGUUCGGUGUCGAAGGCCGGGCUGCUCUUCUGAAGGGUGUCGAUAUUCUUGCUCGCGCUGUCGCUGUCACUCUUGGACCCAAGGGACGCAAUGUUUUGAUUGAGCAGAGCUUCGGUAGCCCAAAGAUCACCAAGGAUGGUGUUACUGUCGCCAAGAGCAUCGCGUUGAAAGACAAGUUUGAGAACCUCGGUGCCAAGUUGCUGCAGGAUGUUGCCUCGAAGACGAACGAGGUUGCUGGCGAUGGUACCACUACUGCCACUGUUCUCGCUCGCGCAAUCUUCACCGAGAGCGUGAAGAACGUUGCUGCGGGAUGCAACCCCAUGGAUCUCCGUCGUGGAACCCAGGCUGCUGUUGAGAAGGUUGUCGAGUUUCUGCAGAAGAACAAGAAGGAGAUCACAACGUCGGAGGAGAUCGCUCAGGUGGCUACCAUCUCUGCCAACGGCGACACUCACAUUGGAAAGCUGAUUGCCAAUGCGAUGGAGAAGGUCGGAAAGGAGGGUGUCAUCACUGUGAAGGAGGGAAAGACGAUUGAGGACGACCUCGAGAUCACUGAGGGCAUGCGCUUCGAUCGUGGAUUCAUCUCGCCUUACUUCAUCACCGACGUCAAGACCGGUAAGGUUGAGUUUGAGCGACCGCUUCUGCUGCUGUCGGAGAAGAAGAUCUCUCAGUUGCAGGAUGUCAUCCCCGCGCUGGAGAUCUCAAACAAGCUUCGCCGCCCUCUGCUGAUCAUUGCCGAGGACAUUGACGGUGAGGCCUUGGCUGCCUGCAUUUUGAACAAGCUUCGCGGCCAGGUUCAGGUUGCUGCUGUUAAGGCUCCUGGAUUUGGAGACAACAGAAAGAGCAUUCUUGGUGACAUUGGUAUUCUCAGCGGAGGUACUGUCUUCACUGAGGAGCUCGAUCUCAAGCUCGAGAACAUCUCGCCCGAACUUUUGGGAUCGUGCGGAUCGGUUACUGUCACGAAGGAGGACACCAUCAUUUUGAACGGCGAGGGUGACAAGGACAACAUUGUUCAGCGCUGCGAGCAGAUCCGUGCUACUUCUGCCGACCCUACCACUUCUGAAUACGAGAAGGAGAAGCUCCAGGAGCGUUUGGCCAAGCUCUCCGGAGGUGUUGCCGUGAUUCGUGUCGGUGGCUCGUCUGAGGUUGAGGUUGGUGAGAAGAAGGACCGAUUUGUCGACGCUCUGAAUGCCACCCGUGCGGCUGUUGAGGAGGGUAUCCUUCCCGGUGGAGGUACUGCCUUGUUGAAGGCCUCGAGAGUUCUGGACGAUGUUAAGACGAGCAACUUUGACCAGUCUCUUGGUGUUGCUAUCGUGAAGUCUGCGAUCACCAAGCCUGCGCGUACUAUUGUUGAGAACGCUGGAGGUGAGGGAUCGGUUGUUGUUGGCAAACUUAUUGAUGAGUACGGAAGCGAGUUUGUUAAGGGAUACGAUGCGUCGAAGGGCGAGUUCACCGACAUGGUUGCGUCUGGAAUCAUCGACCCUUUCAAGGUUGUGCGUACCGCGUUGAUUGAUGCUAGCGGAGUUGCAUCGCUUUUGGGUACUACUGAGUGCACCAUUGUCGAGGUUCCUGAGGAGAAGGGACCUGCUGCUCCUCCCGCCGGAGGAAUGGGCGGCAUGGGCGGCGGAAUGUUCUAAGUAGCCCCCAAGGAAAAAAAAAUGACAAAUAUCAAAAGAGGGAGAGGACACAGGAUUUUUGUAUAUAUGAUGAACGAACGAAAAGCAAAUGUACAAUCACAUCUCUAAUAGUAAUAUGACAAUAA